AUGAUUGCAGCAGUGGAGUCAAUACUUAACCAGACGGAAGUGACAGAUGAAAUGAAGAGCCUUAUUCAACGUCAAAUAUCAUCCCACCUCAUGGCGCCUACGCCGCGCAACGUGCUUUCCAAGGUCGAGCGUGACGCACCAAAGGGACUCAGGGCCGAAAGUGAUUUCAGUAUCGUGCUUGCGGACAAGGUGCGUUCCACAGUCGUAUUGGACAGGACAGACUUGAUUCAGAAAACCAAACGCUUGUUGAAGGCUCGUCAGUCCUAUGUCUCAUGCAAAUCCAACCUCAUGAAAACGCUGGCACGCAAGAUCAAAGCAACGCUGUUGACAAUGGAGGACUCAGGUGAAAUAUCCCCGAUCGACCGACGCAUGCGAGAGCGCAAGAAACGGACCUAG